AUGCCUAUGGCGCUCUUGGCGGAUGGUGGUUGGCGUGCUCUUCCUUUGGCGCGAGCCACAGCAGUAGGCUUUGUCGUGGUGAACGCUUUGUCCUUUCUCAUCGGAGGAAAUGGCAUGGAGACGAACAUUGAAGGGCUUCAGCGCAUGGAUUUGCAAGGUCUCGCAGAUGUGGCCAUUGCCCUCUUUGGUCUUGUCGUUGCGCUGAUCAUGGGAAGCUCCUACAUGCUAUCUUUCUUGGAGUCCAGAGACUUGCAUAUGGCUGCAAGGCUUUUGCAAGUGGCUGACCUGAUGGAGAACCAGAAGGUGAGCGGAUUGGUCCAUUGCAGGUGGCUCAAGAGCUCUUGGGCAGCAACGGCUGCCGAGCCCAAGCCGGACGGCACGCAAGUCUUGCCGCCCGAGGUCCUCGCACAGGCUGAGCAGGCCGAGCAGCUUGAGCAAGCCCCCCAAGCUGAAGGCCCCGACGUGGGCUGGAACCCGAUUCGUCAGCUGGAGUUCCGGAGCAGGCCGAUGGAGGCUCCGUCCUUUUGGCAUCCGCUUUUCACCGUGAGACGUCCCUUAUCCAAUGACGAGGUGAGGAACUUCAGCCUCUUUGAGCCACGAUUCUUGCGGCUCUUUGACCAACUGAAGGAAUUGGGGCAUGCCAAACCUGGGCUUCGCUUGGCGGUGGCCCAUGCGCCUUUGGGCGUGGAACGGCCACAAAACCUUUGGCAAAACGAGGAGGAAGAAGUUCUGCCACAGAAGGCCGAGGAGCUUCCACCUUUGGCUGUGGAAGUGGAGGUCAUCUUGGACCCUCAAGUGCGGAUGGUCGAAGUACUGAAAAUUGCGGAAGGUAUCGGCGAGGACCAGCGGCGGCGCUGGCGGCUCACAGUGAAAGGCACCAGCGAAGUGCUGCCGACGGCUCGUUGCGAGAUCUUCUCAGAUGAGCCCUUUGGUCGAGGCUGGGGGCACUGUGGGCAGUUCCUCCAGGUCCAGAAAGGGCCUCCCCGGAGCAAGAGGAGGUGUCCGUGCAGCGUGACCGUCCUGCGGGGAAGCCGACUCGUUGCGUGGCUGUCGUUGGCUUGA